AUGUCUCAAGAUGUUAUCGACCUUACGGCCGAUGACUCUUCAGAUGGUGAACCAAAUAUGAGGCCUAGGAAAUUACAUCCUAUAAAGCUACCGCCUUUGCCUCAAACUGAAGAUUUUGGUGAUUUAACGUGUAAAGUUUGCCUGACCAACAAGAUAAAUCUAAUCACUUAUCCUUGUUCGCAUGCAUGCAUGUGCUAUGAAUGUUUUAAGGCAUUACCGAUUCCAAAACAAUGCCCAGUUUGUAGAAAAUACAUUACAAGAUGCGUUUUUGUGAUUUUCCCGAACUAA